GUCCCUUCUCUGUUUCUGGAUGUUCACAUGGUUAUUGGAGGAACAUGCUGCUUCCACCACCAUGGAAUAAACUUUGAGAUUUUUUUUUCUUUCCUCGAAAAAAAGGACUUACAAUUUAAUUACCGAGAAGGGUUGAGGAGAAGCUGAAAGCAGGAAAUGGUGUUUGAUUUCCAGCUUUUUUGGUUGGGAUGUUUUCCUCUUUCCAUCGGGGUACUUUUAACAACGCGAGAUCAAGCGGCGACCCUUACACUGCUUGAAAAAGGGAGGGUUCUGAGUGCAAUUAAGCAUUUAAAUUUCUUUUUGGAAUAACCCUUUAUUUUGGUGAAAUGGACCCAACAUUUUUACCAGACACAGAGAACAAUCAGAGCGACCUGGAUAAGCAUUUUUACACAGAGAGCGCCGUUGGCGGCUUUGGCAUCGCCAUGGCUGUGCUCUACUUGGUGGUGUGCAUCCUUGGACUUGUUGGGAACUCUCUUGUCAUCGUUGCUAUUUUGAAACUGGACAAAAUGACCUCUUCAACAACGGUGUACAUUUUGAACCUAGCAUUAGCCGACGCUCUUUUCAUGGUAGGGCUUCCCUUUAUAGCCAGCCAGAACUUCCAGAAGCGUUGGAUGUUCGGCGACACGACGUGCAAAGUGGUUAUGGUGCUGGACGGCAUCAACCAGUUCACCAGCGUCUUCUGUCUAACAGUGAUGAGCAUCGACCGCUACAUGGCGCUGGCUAACCCGCUUCGAUUUGCCCGCUGGAGAACGCCACACAUCGCUAAGGUCGUUUCAGCCGUUCUGUGGUUGUUUUCACUCGUCACCAUCCUUCCGAUGGCGCUCCACUUCUCGGCUGAGAGAGGCUUGUGUAUACCAGACCUGGUUUCAGACGCCUGGUGGCUCGGCAUCUUGACGUACACCUUUGUCACAGGGUUUGCGCUGCCGUUCGUAGUCAUGACGGUAGCGUACACGGCGCUGCUGCUAACGCUGAGGUCCAUGCGACUCAAAGGGAUUGCUCCUCACAAAGAGAGCUACCAGCUGGAGCGACAGGUCACCAAGAUGGUGGUCGCGGUGGUGCUGGUGUUCGGACUGUGCUGGCUGCCGUUUUACACCUUGAACUUCUGCUCCCUUUACCAAAGCAACCUGGACCUGCCCUUCGCCAGAGCUUUCGAGUUUGUAGUUUUGCUGUCAUACUCAUGGAGCUGUGCCAAUCCCAUCCUGUACGCCUGCCUCUCCGACACCUUCAAGGGCCACUUCUGCACCCUCCUGUGCCCAGCCUCCAAGUCAUCUCCGAGCAUGCAGUACAGCACCCAGCUGUACGACUUAAAUGACGUGGGUGGGCGGGAUGUGAAUGUUUUGGCAUAGAAAUACAUCCUCCUUUAAGAUUCCCUGAGCCUAUUUAUCUAUAUGACAUGUUUAAUGUUGCAUGAUAAACCCAGAUUAAUGUUUCUGCACUUACCUUGUAGAUAACAGAUACAGUGUUUGCCUCUAUAAACAUCUUGUACAGAAUUCUUGUUUGUUUCGGUGAUGUAAAAUUUUUCUUCUUUAUAUUGACUUUGAAGUUCACGGAUGUUAUUAGUUUAAAAGUAUAAUUAUGUGUCCCUGUCCUGUCCACAAUCCACCCAAGAAUCAGAA